AUGAGUAUGAUUGAAGAUAUUGAAUUGAGCGCUGAGCGCUUUGCUGAAGCGAAAGUGAUCGAGCAAAUCGAAGACACUUACGAAAACGCUCCAACAACCGAAGAAUUAACAACAUUGAAACACAUUUCUGAUCAUAUACCGCUACCGGCUCGACUGAUUAUCGUUUGCGAAUUUUGUGAACGUUUCGCCUUCAUAGGGCUCUCUGGUCUCUUUCAGAAUUAUAUUCAAUUUCCGGUACCUGGCCCGAAUGAUAAACAAUCGGGUGCACUAGGUCGUGGACAACGCACUGCCACCUUAUUAACAACGUUCUUUCGGUUCUUGUGUUAUCUAACACCGAUUAUUGGUGCCAUUCUAGCUGAUCAGUUCUGGGAAAUUAGAGGUGAAAAGAAAAUUAUCGAUCCAAAAGUAACUGUACAGUCGAUGUUCAAUUGGUUCUAUUGGGCCAUAAAUUUGGGCGCACUAUCAGCGAUCGUUACCACUAACAUCGAAAAAUAUCAUUCAUUUUGGCUUGCCUAUCUCCUACCCAUGGUGGUAUUCGCCGGUUCCAUUGCUGUUCUAAUUGUUGGUCGUCAUCAAUACAUUCGAAAAGUUCCAAGCGGUUCAUUGAUCAUUCGUGCAUGUCGUGUGAUUACAAGAGCCACUCAAAUGCGAUGGAGGCUCGGCAAACAAGAUAAUCGUCGAGAUUUUUUAGAUUAUGCGAAAGAAGAUCUGUCACCAAUUGUUCAUGAUGACAAUCAGACAGUGAUGAAAUCAGACAACAACCAAUUUGUUGAAGAUCUCAAGCGAGCAUUGAGUGCUUGUCGUGUUUUUGCUUUCUAUCCAUUUUAUUGGAUUUGUUACAAUCAAUUGGUGAGCAAUAUGAUAUCGCAAGCCGCUCAAAUGAACGUUGAACGACAACAACAGUCACCAACAUAUCAACAUAAACCACCAAGAACAGGGACUAAUAAACCAAUAAAUUCAUCAACGGCUGGACAACAAUUGAAUGAUGCAUUUAAUCGAUACGAUAUUAUUGAAACAUCAUUACAUUUUAAUGUUAAACGAUUAGAUUUACAUAUGAUGGCCGAUGCAGAUAUUCUCGUUGACCGUCUAGUUGAAAAUGGUUCACUUCAAAUGACUAUAGCAAAUUUAUCCAUCGAUCUUUAUCCAUAUCAUGAAUAUGGAUCAUCAAAAAACCAUUGGAUAAAAUAUAGUGAAAGUCAAUCAAUAAAUCGUAAUGAAUGGAUAACUAGAUUACAUGAAGAAUGGCAUGCACAAUUCAAUACUGCUAAAGCCUCCGCACCAAGUGAUGAAACAUCUAUGAAAUUUGAAAAAGCUCUUCGUACAAAGCAAAUUUAUUUGUUUGAAUCAUGUCGUGUCAUAAAUAUUGAUGAUCUCGUUUUUUAUCCUGUUUCAUUAAAUAAUGAUAAACAACAAAAACGUCGUCGACCAUUAAUUUCAUCUGAUAAAACGUAUUAUCAUUUACCAGAUAAUUUAGGUAUUAUUAAUAUUCAACAAACAGAAUAUUAUUAUCCAUUUUCUUAUGCAUUUCCUGUACCCAAUAGUGAUUUGUAUAUUCAAAUAAUGCCUCUUGUUAUUCGUGUUGAUUUUUCUACAUUAAGUUGGCUUGAUGCUUUCGUAUCGACAUUAUCAAUAACGAUAGAUAAUUCUGGUGUACUAAAAACUGAUAGGCCACCUGUUGAUCUUGAACAUGUUGCAAUUAAAUUAGAAGCCAUGUUACCAAGAAUUGUUAUAAGUUCGGAUCUAUUUUCUAAUAAUCGUAAAUUACAAGAAACAAAACAAGACGCGAAUUCGGAAUCUAAUACAUCAUUACAACAGAAUGAAAUAUUAAAUCAACAACAAUUUGAUAUACUUGAACUCAAUAUUUCAAAAAUUUUAUUUACAAAUACACGAACAGAAUUAACAAGUAAUCGAUAUAAACUUGAGAAACAUUUAGAAUUAUUUAAAGAAACAAAUUUUUUUCAACAAACUCAAUGGCCUUUUUCAAAUGAGACAACAACACGAUUUAGUUCAUUAUUUGAAAAACAUCCAUAUGAUACAUAUUUAUAUGAUAAUCCAUUGAGUAAAAAGACUAAUACUUUACCAGAUGCACCGUCGGCUAGUACAGCACUUCAUACUUAUUAUACAAUGACGACUGAUUCAUUGAAAAAAGUGAGAGAUUCUGCUAAAUAUGAUAUUUGGAAUUUAAAUGUUGAAAAUAUUUAUCUGGAUUUUACGCCAUCAUCAUCAUCAUCGGAUUCAAUUCGAUUAACAAAACAAAAUAUGAUUGAUACUUUAUCAAUGACAAGUUGGAUUGUACUUGAUAAAGUAGAAACAAAUUCUUGGUUAAAUAUUCUUUGUAUUCUUGAAAAUCCAUCUCUAUUAAAAAUUUCUCAAAAACAAUACACAUUUAUUAUGCAUCUAGUAGAUGAAUUAGGUCUCUUUUUUGAUGCACUCGAACGAAAUAAAAAUCAAACUCAUCUAAUUAAAGAAAAACUUUUAUUAAAUAAUUCUUCUGAUGAUAUAAAAAUAACAAUUUGUUUAACUAUGCCAACAACAUUUACACUUGGUGUCAUGGAUGAUCUUGAAGAUCCAAUUAUUAAUCAUUCUACACCUACUCCAUCAAGUUUAUCUGAAAUUGAUAUUGAACCUAUCAUACAUGAUACAUCCGAAACAAAUGUUGUUAUUGAUUUAGUAACAACACCAGCACCGAGUCUUGCUAGUACAACGACAAUAGAAAAAAUGAUUCCAAAUAAAAGUCUUGAUUCACCUCGAAAAAAGAAAUCUAAAUUUGAAUUCAAUAUUCAGCGUGGAUUAGAGAUUGCUUCAAAAGGUUCACGAGCUUCAUCCAUAUCAUCAUUGAUGAACAUGAGUGAUAAUAGUGAUGAAACGUCGUCCCAAUGGGAUCUCAAUGAAGAAUUAGAUGCUGAUCUCGAAGCAAGUGUAUUUAAUAAUGAUUCUGAAGAACAACAACAAAAAGUAACACGUAUUGAAUUAGAUGAUGAUAGUAUUAGUGUAACAGGAAAAAAUUAUAUUGGAAUGAGAGCAUUAGAAUCGGCUAAUGGUGUAUUUAUUAAAUUAAAUCAAAUAAAUGUUUGUAUAACAGAAGAUAAUGGAAAGACUGAUAAGCAAAUGUAUAUUGCAUGUAAUGUAAAAUAUUUACGUAUUGAUGAAUUUUCUUCAGUAAAAUUGGAUACAAUGAAACCAAAAAUAUUUGAAAAUGAAAAUCCAGAUGAAUAUAAUACGGAAAAUGUGCCACCAAUAAAUGUUCGUAUUGAUUUUCCUAAAAGUGAAUUAUCACCACCACCAAUAAUUACUUUACAUAUUCAAGAUCGUUCAUUAAAAGUUGCUAGCCAUGCUAUCGAUGUAAUUUCACAAAAUUUUGAAGAAAUGCUUACAAGUGAAGAAAAAAUCCUUAGAGAAAAUCAACCAAUUAAAACUGCUCCAAUUGAUAUUCAUUUAAAUAAUGUACAAUUUACACUUGAACCCCUUCCUGAAUUUUCAACAACACAAACUCCGAUUGCAAUGAAACCACCAAUCAAAAUGAUUAUCGAAUGUAUGCAUAUUCUUCGUCAAAUUGAUGGAAAAAUCAUUGUUCGAAAGAUGAAUAAUAAUGAUGAUAAAAAGCAAAUUAUUCCAUCAUUACCACAGUCAACUUCUACUGACAAUAUAAAUGAAAAAUUACAACGAUUAGAAAUAUUUCGUCUUGAAAAUGAACGACUUCGUUCUGAACUAAAUACUUGUAAAACAGAAAUAAGCGUUUUACGUAGUGAACGCGAUAGUUUAAUGAAUACAAUUGCGAAACUUGAUAUUGAAUUAACUGAAGCUGAAUGCCAACGUCUUGCUCAACAACAAUCCAGGAAAAAAUGA